AUGGCGUCAGAGGCUCGCGGCGAGGCUGACAAGAUCUCUGCUUCUCCUGCUCCUUCGAACAAGGCUGCUACUAUUGGCGAGAAUAGCUUCAACGACCAGCAGACGCACGUGUCUGACGCGAGAGCAGUCGCAAAUCAGCAUCACCAAGGCAAUAGUAGCGAGAUGGCAGCAUCCCAGGAACCGUCCGUGCAAAAGACAAACGCACUCCUGUGCGGCGUCUGCGAAACCAAUCCUGGCAAAUACAAAUGCUCGCGAUGCCGUCUUCCUUACUGCUCUGUCCCGUGUAGCAAAGCCCACCAACAGAACCAUCCGCCAGACCCUCCUAAAGAAGAGCCCAACCCGACAAGCCUCGCCUCGAGCAAGCAGCAAGCAGCAAGCGCAAACCUGCCUCCGCCUGGCCCCAUCGACCCAACGAACCCCUUCAGCGCCCUCGCCAAUUCGGACAAGCUCCAGCUCCUCUUCAACAAAUAUCCCAACCUCCCAAACCAGCUCCUCGAGAUCCACGCCGCGACUCAGCCUCCGGCGGAAGCCCCAGAUGCUGCCACCAAGGCUAUACCUGCCUCGCUCAUGAAGGGCCUUCCGGCCAACAGCGGCAGAGGCACAUGGAACCACGAUAUCGGCAUCAAGAACGGAAAGGCAGCGCUGCGAAGGGCGCGGAAAGCGAGUGGCCAAGACGGCGAGGCGAUCCGAGAGUACACCGAGUUGAUACUGCACAUCAUGAACGAGACGAGCGAGCAGAACAACGCCGCUGCGUUUGUGCAGCGACAGGUUGCUCAACAAGACACGGCCCUCAUCGAGCGUCUGCUUGCCGAAGACAGGCGUCACGGAUAA